UUUCAACAUACAGCCAACCGCACCACCGCCACAACUAAACAACGCACACGUUCAACUAUCUGUCGCCGAACGGCCUGUCCACGUUCAGCGGACCACCUUUAACUUAUUGUUGGUCCAUCGAUUUGCUAAAGUAACGUGGCUCGGUAGGCCUGCUUGCACCGUUCGCUGGUCCUCCUGGUUCAUGGUGUGAUCUCUGAAGAUAUUGGAGGAGAGAGGGUGAAAGAUGACGCAGUUUUUACCCCCGAAUCUGCUGGCUCUCUUUGCCCCACGGGACCCGAUCCCUUUCCUGUCUCAGUUGGAGAAGCUACCCCAUGAGAAGCAUCACAACCAGCCGUACAGCGGCAUCGCACCAUUCAUCAGGCAUUUCGAGGAUCCUAGAGAUGCCCCCCCACCCACAAGGGCAGAGACCCGUGAUGAGCGGCUGGAGAGAAAGAGGCGAGAGAAGAUUGAGAGGAGACAAGCAGUGGUGGAGACGGAGCUCAAGCUUUGGGACCCCCAUAAUGAUCCCAAUGCACAAGGGGAUGCCUUCAAGACUUUGUUUGUUGCACGAGUGAACUAUGAUACUACAGAGUCCAAGCUUCGCCGUGAGUUUGAGGUCUAUGGUCCCAUCAAGCGGAUUUACAUAGUCUACAACAAGAGGACGGGAAAGCCUAGGGGCUAUGCAUUCAUUGAGUAUGAGCAUGAACGAGACAUGCACUCCGCCUACAAACACGCAGAUGGGAAGAAAAUCGACGGUAGGAGAGUGUUGGUGGAUGUGGAACGAGGACGCACUGUCAAAGGAUGGCACCCUCGUCGGCUAGGUGGUGGAUUGGGUGGCACUAGGAGAGGGGGAGCCGAUGUCAACAUCAAGCACUCAGGCCGAGAUGAUGCAUCACGUUAUGACGAUCGGCCUAUUGGCGGUGAUCGGGAGCGUGGGGAGCGAGGGGAGCGGAGGGAGCGCAGCCGGGAGCGUGACAGAGACAAGGACAAGGACAGAGAACGCCGAAGGUCCCGUUCCCGCGAACGUCGUAGGCGUACCCGUUCUCGAGAGAGGGAGAGAGAAAGACCGGUUGGAGCAGUGGAGGAUAGCAUUGGUAGUACCCGGCGUCGAGAGCGAGAGAAGGAACGUGGCGGAGCAGGGGGAGAAGACGACAGGAGUAGGGAGAGGAGUCGAGAACGGAAGAGAAGGAGCAGGAGCAGAGAUCGUAAGAAAGACAGGGAGAGGGGCAAAGGUCUGGAAGGGGAGGAGGUCAGUCAAGCAGACGGGGCUGCGGAGGGUGGGGAGCGGGUGCUGGAGGAACAUGAGGGUGAAGUGGGUGAGGGCAUGGAAGAGCGUAAAGAAAAGGAAAGAGACCGCAGGCGCAGCCACAGAGACAGAGACAGACGCAGGGGAGACCGUGACAAAGACAGGGAGCACAAGAGGGAGCGGGGGGAGAGAGACAGGGGGGAACGCAGAGAGGAGCGCCACGGCUCCCUACGAGAUGAUGCGCUACCCCAAGAUGAGAUGGGCAAUGAGGAUGAGGGGGGAGCGCCUCCACACAUGGAUGAGUACAGUCAGGACGGGAUGAUCGACCAGCAGUCUGUGCCAUCCGCUGAUGGCUAUGGUUCCAGUGAAAAUGGCUACAAGAUGGAGGCCCCAGGAGAGGAGUACUGAGAUCUUCUUCCAGCAGGCUCCCGCUCAUACAUUUUCUCAUACUAUACUCUGAAUUGGCCCUAACCCUAAAGGAUGUCAGGGCUACUUCAGUUCAAGGCAUCUAGCCACCCUCCCAUCUUUCAGAAUCUGUUGAAAUGUUCCUAUUGUUGCACGCACAGUUAAAUCACUUAACUAAUUGAUCUCACUAUAGUUGCAGCUCUCCUGCUUUGCCCAACUAAUCCGUGCCACUUAAUGUUAUCAGAUUGCCUUGGGUGCAAACUGGUAGGUUUUUUCUUUUCACUUGGCUUGGGAUGAAGUGUAGAAACACAAGCUAUACUUUUUAGAUGGGUAGAUUGUGUUGUCUUUUAUUUCUGAAUCAUUAAGCAGUUAGAUUGUAUGCUCAUUUGAAACUAAGUGACAAAUCUCUCCAAUGUUUGUGAUAUUGAAGGAAAUGUAGUACUCUGUGACAAUUGAGGGCUGUUCUGUUUAUUCAUUCUGGAAUAAAGUUUUUUUUUAAAUUAUGUCUGCUGCUUGUAUGUUAGAUUUGCAUAGUCAUUUUAAUAAAGGUGUGGCUUAAAGCCAGAGCUCCUU